AUGAAAGGCAACAGUAAUGAAACAUAAACAAUUACUCAUUAUUUGAGUCACAGAAUUUUCAAAAGAAAAAUAGCUACAUAAAUGAUAUCAUUCUCAGAUGCCUAAGAAUUGAGAAGUUUUAAAAAAUUACUCGCUUAGAAAAUACUUUCUGAUAAAAGGAAUAAUUAUUCAUGGAAUUGA